AGCUCGCCCGCCGGGCCCCCACCCCCGAGCUACACCCUGCCGUGCCCAGCUCUGCCCGCGUCCGUGCCCCCGCGGGGAGCGCGCCGGGGCUGCCCCCCGAAUGACGGGCGGAAGGUUCGACUUCGACGAUGGCGGCACCUACUGCGGCGGCUGGGAGGAGGGCAAGGCGCACGGGCAUGGCAUCUGCACGGGGCCCAAGGGCCAGGGCGAGUACUCGGGCUCCUGGUCGCACGGCUUCGAGGUGGUCGGAGGCUACACCUGGCCCAGCGGCAACACCUACCAGGGCUACUGGGCGCAGGGCAAGCGGCACGGGCUGGGGGUGGAGACGAAGGGCAAGUGGAUGUACCGGGGGGAGUGGUCACAUGGCUUCAAGGGGCGCUACGGGGUCCGGCAGAGCCUGUGCACCCCCGCCCGCUACGAGGGGACCUGGAGUAACGGGCUGCAGGACGGGUACGGCGUGGAGACCUACGGGGACGGAGGUACCUACCAGGGCCAGUGGGCCGGCGGCAUGCGGCACGGCUACGGCGUGCGCCAGAGCGUGCCCUAUGGCAUGGCCACGGUGAUCCGCUCGCCGCUGCGCACGUCGCUGGCCUCGCUGCGCAGCGAGCAGAGCAACGGCAGCGUGCUCCACGACGCCGCGGCCGCCGCCGACAGCCCGGCCGGCACCCGCGGCGGCUUCGUGCUCAACUUUCACGCCGACGCUGAGCUCUCAGGCAAGAAGAAGGGCGGCCUCUUCCGCCGGGGCUCCCUCCUGGGAAGCAUGAAACUGCGCAAGUCCGAGUCCAAGUCGUCCAUCUCCAGCAAGCGCAGCUCGGUCCGCAGCGACGCAGCCAUGAGCCGGAUCAGCUCCAGCGACGCCAACUCCACCAUCAGCUUUGGCGACGUCGACUGUGACUUCUGCCCCGUGGAGGACCACGUGGACGCCACCACCACGGAGACCUACAUGGGCGAGUGGAAGAACGACAAGCGCACUGGCUUCGGCAUCAGCGAGCGCUCCAACGGCAUGAAGUACGAAGGCGAGUGGGCAAACAACAAGAGGCACGGCUACGGCUGCACCGUCUUUCCCGACGGCUCCAAGGAAGAGGGAAAAUACAAAAAUAAUAUUCUGGUCCGUGGAAUAAGGAAGCAGCUGAUACCAAUAAGAAAUACAAAAACUAGGGAGAAGGUGGACAGAGCGAUCGAAGGCGCACAACGGGCAGCCGCCAUGGCAAGAACCAAAGUGGAAAUAGCAAACUCCAGGACCGCCCACGCGAGAGCCAAAGCCGACGCCGCAGACCAGGCCGCGCUGGCCGCCCGCCAGGAGUGUGACAUCGCGAGAGCUGUGGCCCGAGAGCUGUCGCCUGACUUCUACCAGCCAGGCCCAGAUUAUAUCAAACAGAGAUUUCAGGAAGGUGUAGAUGCUAAAGAAAAGCCCGAAGACAAGGUCCCGGAAAAGCCCCCCACACCAAAGGAAUCGCCUCACUUCUACCGCAAAGGCACCACACCCCCAGAGUCUCCUGAGCCAAGUCCCAGAGAAGGCCGCUCUCCCUCCCCAAAGCCCGCAAGGAAGCAGAACCCCAGUUCAGGGGCGAGACUCAACCAGGACAAACGCAGCGCGGCUGAGGAGAAGGUGACGGCCGCUGUCAACAAGCCCUUGACCUCCAAGGCGCCCCCGAAGGAGGUGGGGGCGGUCGUGCCCUCCUCCAAGUACUCUGGCCGCCACCACAUCCCCAACCCCAGUAACGGGGAGCUGCACACUCAGUACCACGGCUACUACGUGAAACUGAACGCCCCCCAGCACCCUCCGGAGGACACGGAGGAGGAGGGGUCGAGCCAGUCUUCCUCGGCACUGGUGCACAAGCCGUCACCCAACAAGUGGAGUCCCCCUAAAUCUGUGACAAAACCAGUUGCCAAAGAAAGCAAAGCUGAGCCAAAAGCUAAGAAGUCUGAACUUGCUAUACCAAAGAACCCAGCGAGCAGUGAUGCGCGCCCUGCUUUGGAAAAAGAAGCCAAUUCAGGCCCUAAUUCAAUCAUGAUCAUCCUCGUCAUGCUGUUGAAUAUCGGGUUGGCCAUUCUUUUUGUUCACUUUCUAACUUGAUUGGAAUUAGGAAAGGUAAGAAUAGCCUUAAUUUCUAUAUAAAAUCGCAAUCUAUCACAUUCUUUUCCCCUAUUCAGAUUUACUUUUUUUUUUUUUUUUUUUUUUUAACAACCGUGCAUUGUCCUUCAAUUUAAUUUUGGCUGCGCCUGAAUGUGAUUCAACAUAGUUACUUAAUGAUAUCACUGUUUUGACCCUUCGGUGAAGUCAUGACAACUAGUGGUGUGAGCCCACGGUCCUCUGCAGUGGUGUCAUCAGCCCUUUAAAUGGCACACUCCAGGCAGACUCAGACACAGGGAAGGAGGCUUGGAAUUAGGAUGGGCUCACAAGAGAGAGAGAGAGAAAGAUGGAAAAUUCAGCCGGAGGACCUGUCCAGUCCCCCCUGGGAAGGCGUUGUGGCUAUGGGGUCCUCUGGGAGCUGAAGCAGUCAACCAUGUUGGAGAGCAAAACUUAAUAAUCAUUCUUUCUUAACAUCUGCUGAAGCAGCCCCAUCCGGCGAAGUUCUUGGCAGUGGCUACUCCAUCUGUCCUAGCAGAGUGUGACUAAACUGGAGAUAUAUGGAGCUGCUUUUUUUUUUUUUUUUUCUUUUUUUUGACGGAAGUCAACAGCUGCCUUACUAUUUUACCAUCUGACGUUGCUAGUAGGGAGCUGGGGAAACAAACGACCGCCCUAGGAAUGCGGUUGGAGGAUUGUGUUGCUGCGGCCAUGGUUCCAACAUUCACUCCUGUCUCAGUAGAGGAAGUAGGCAGCAGCAUCACUCACCAGUCUUAUGCCACGACCUGCUGCUUUCUCAUCUCCUGGAACGUCCCGGGAGAGAAGGUUUUGUCGGCUUGUGCACGGUUCUGUUCAUUUCUGCUGUUUACUUAAAUCUGAUGUGUGGUCACCUACAGCGUGCGGUCCUGGCCGGAGGAGGCACACGUGUCGCAUCUCGAGGAAAAGAAAACAACAGAACUCUAGAGAAAAUGUGUUUAUUUUAUAGCAAUACAUCAUUCUUCGUAUCAUGUUUAGUCUUCCUAAACCUGUAAAAGGCUAUUUAAAAUUUAGCAAUUUGAAGGCAUUAUACCUAAGAAAUCACUUAAACAUUUUUAACACUACUGAGAUGAAUUUAUUUAUGCACUUCAGAGGUGCUAAAUUUUAAAAGCUGAAAGACAACAGAAUUCUAAGAAGUAUAGUCAAAAUGUUGCAUGGGUUGCAGUAAUCAGUGUUCAAAGGAUUCAGUUUCAUUGCUGACGUACUUUAACAACCAAAUAAAAUCUUGUCAGUGGCUAUGUUAAUUCCCAUGAAAGUUAAGCAAGAUGCUAUUAAUAACUGCUCUUCUCUUUUUUUUUUUCCCACAACUUACAAAUUUUCAUUGAAUACAUUCAGGUAGAGCAUAAAGCUUUGUUCAAUCAGUGCUUCUCAAUUUUAUGCCUUUCGUGUUUUUCAAAGUCCUUUUGUAAUUUUAUUUCACACUUUAAAGGCGUAGACAAUUUUUAAGUAUCUGUCUUUUGCAGUCCUUUGUUGUUCUGACAUAAACGGAUUUUUUUGCUGUUUUAUAAUUUAUUCUUUAUUACUCAGAAGCAUGCUUAUUUAGAGAAACUAUGUGGGCUUUAUAUAAUUAUUUAAAAAGAAAAUCAGGGGAGGAAAGUUAUCCAUUCAAUCUUGGUAAAAUAUUAAGGAGAGGGAGCUAUUCCUAAGUAUUUUCAUGAUCUGCAUGGUUUAAUCAGAUUUUUCUUACCUUAUUUGCUCCCGUUUCGAUGCAGAAGAGAGAAGUCAUAUGUUAGCACAGAUGUGGGCUGAAUGUCACCUGCAGGGUAGUAACCCAGUGGUGUUUUUUGCAGAAGUACAAUAUGUUGAAACUCCUGGGUGUGACCAAUAUGGAAUAAAGAAGAAAGCAGAAAGAGAGCAAAUGAAAAUUACAACUUGUAUAUUUAUUUUUUACAUUUUGCUUUGACUUUUAAAUCUAGGAAGUACAUUUUUACCCAAGAAACGUUUCAGUUCCUGUGUCGGUCUCCACACUCUCACUGCUCCUUCCUAACCCCAUAGCUCUUGAUGCUGGGAAAGCUGAUUUUUUUUAAAAAAAAUGAAAUAAAAUAUUUAAUCUUAAGUGUUUAUUUCAAAUGUGUAAUGCUUUGGAAAUAAUGGGUAACAGAUAAUAAAGGAUAUGUUUAUAAAGUGAGCAUGUUGGUUCCAUUUAUAAAUAUAUGUAUGAUUUAUAAGCUUUUUUAAAACAAAGCUCAAAUUGUUGGUAUUUUUCUAAAAUGUGCACAGCUGUAUUUUACAUGAAAGGCUCUUUCUAAUGGGUUGUUAUACUGUACUCUACAUUUUGGACAGCACAUGAAGUCUGCCAAUGUACUUAAUAAAACAUGACUUUGUUUAUUUAAAGUUUCUUGCUGUGAAAAAGAACUCCCUACCUGCGAGUUCCGUUAUUUAUAAUCCUUGAAACCAAAAUGUAUAAUGUACAGUUUUCACAACUGUAUCUGCUCUAAUAAAAAAA